ACGACGAAGUCCUGCGCCUCGUCGAUGGGGUGUGUGCAGAAAGAGCGCGGAUAAAUAGGAGGCUCCCUCUUCCCGGCGACACUCGCGUAGCCGGUCGGCCGCCCGCCCGGGGUGUCCGCCCGCCCGGUAGCCGGGUGGCAGCCUGGGGAGUAGUUUUGCUUCCUGCUAGCUCCGGGAUUCGUUUCCAGGCACCCCGUCGGGCGCCCGUGGCCGGGAAGGGGGCGCAGGAGGAGGCGGGAGACUCGUCUCGGGGCUGCUAGGCCCGGCAGCGGGGUUGAUGGCCCGGGCCGUCCCGGGCAGCGGCGCCAGCUCCCUGCCACUGCUCCUGGCCCUCGCCCUGGGUCUAGUGAUCCUCCACUGUGUCGUGGCAGAUGGGAAUUCAACCAGGAGUCCUGAAAAUGAUGGCCUUCUCUGUGGAGAUCGUGGAGAAAAUUGCCCAGCUACGACCACACAACCAAAGCGAAGAGGCCACUUCUCUCGUUGCCCCAAACAGUACAAGCAUUACUGCAUUAAAGGGAGAUGUCGCUUCGUGGUGGCCGAGCAGACGCCCUCCUGCGUCUGUGAUGAAGGCUACGCUGGGGCGAGAUGUGAGAGAGUUGACUUGUUUUACCUAAGAGGAGAUAGAGGGCAGAUUUUGGUGAUUUGUUUGAUAGCAGUUGUGGUAAUUUUUAUCAUUUUGGUGGUCGGCAUCUGCACAUGCUGUCAUCCUCUUCGGAAACAUCGAGAAAGAAUAAAGAAGGAA